UCAGAGCCAUCAUCAAUUCCAUCUCAAUUGGUAAGAAAACACUAGCCAGUUUCCUCUAUCCUUCUGGAAAAAUUAUCCACGUCGAUACUAUCUGCUUCAAUAAUGGGAAGAGCACCUUGCUGUGACCAAAACGGACUCAAGAAGGGUCCAUGGACCCCCGAGGAAGAUCUAAAGCUUAUCAACUACAUCGAGGCUCAUGGACCAGGCAACUGGCGAACCCUCCCCAAGAAAGCAGGUCUGCAAAGAUGUGGCAAAAGUUGCCGCCUUCGAUGGACAAAUUACUUGAGACCCGAUAUCAAGAGAGGGAGAUUCUCCUUUGAGGAAGAAGAGACUAUCAUUCAGUUGCACAGUAUCAUGGGAAACAAAUGGUCUGCUAUAGCAGCACGAUUACCAGGACGAACAGAUAAUGAAAUAAAGAACUACUGGAACACCCACAUUAGGAAGAGACUGCUUCGGACGGGAAUCGAUCCUGUUACUCAUGCCCCACGCCUCGACCUUCUUGAGAUGUCCUCUAUUCUAACGUCGGCGUUGAUGACCAAUCGAUCACUUCUGCAUCUGCAAAGUUUACUGGGGGCUCAAGCUUUGAUGAACCCAGAAACAUUGAAACUGGCCACCACUCUGUUAGCGUUCAAGAAUGAGAGCCCAGAUUUAGUUGCACAGAAUCUACAACAAAUCCUGCAGGAUGGGAAUCACCAAGUAGACUUUCAAGCCUCCCCAGUCAGUCAGAUGCCAACUCAAACAGCCAACAUGCGUGAAGGCCUUUCAAGCAACAUCGCAAGCAUGUGCUGUUCAAGUCCGGUAGAGACUUCACUUCCUUCAUAUUUGUGUGAGAAUCUUAAACCGCGAGAAAACGGAGUUGAUUUGCAAGGGAACCCAAUGCAGUGUUUGAUAAACAAUGAAAAUGUGCAAAACAUAGGGUAUGAGUCAGUUCUGUCAACCCCUCUGUCGAGCCCAACCCCAUUGAAUUCAUCGUCCACGUAUGUGAAUAGCAGCGCGGAGGAGGAAAGGGAUACCCAUUGCAGCGACUUAUUCAAGUUCGAAAUUCCUGAGAGUCUGGACAUCAGUGACUUCUUGUAAAUUGUAUUUCAGUGCGCAACAUUUUUUCCUCCUGUUUCUCGAACUUCGUUUGCCAGACGUCCAUGUGCUUUGUUUUUUUUUUUUUUUUUGGCUUGACGUCCAUGUGCAUUGAAAAAAAGGGAUUCUUUAAUCUUUAUAGACAUCUCCCUGUGCUUAUCAUUAA